GUCCUCCGACUCGCCGCCGCUCCCGCACAAUGACCUCCCGCAGCACUCCCUUCGAGGUCCAGCCCUCCACCGACGCCUUCGACGUCCCUCCCAUCUGCCGCAGAUACGAAGCUUACGACGACGAUGAGUACCUCUCUCUCAGCCGGCGCCGCCGCUUCGUCGUCGACCUCGACGAAGACAGCCCUCCUUCCUCCCCCACCUUGCUCCGGCUCAGCAGGUACCCUUCGUCCCUCACCCGGCAGUCUCGGCUCCACACCAAGUCCAUCUACCGUCGCGGCAGCGCUUCCCUCGCUGCACCUUUCGGAUUCAAGCGCGCGGCUGCGGCUGCGGCUGCGGCGUCUUCAAGUUCAACGGAGGCCGUUAUCCUUGGCCAGCCGGCGGAGGAUCAUCCGCUGCUGAGGCCUCGCCAUCUGUCCUCCGCUGCUUCUGCCAGCGCCUCCCUCCGGUACACCCCGGCCCCGGCUGCAAGAACGCUGAGCCCGGUCGCCUCUUCGACCUCUCCGCCGCCGACCGGUUCGUGGGCCGCCUCGGCCUACGCCCCUGGCCGUAGUAUCCCCCGAUCCGCGCCGAAGCCGCCCGUUGUCAAAACCCCGGCCACCACAUUGAACACUUCUGCUGGAGGUGGGCCCAGUUUUCUCGCCGGCGCCGCGCCCAGGGCGGGGGCAAAGAAGGAGAAGGCUUUGCGGGCGUACGGACGGGACAUGACGGCCGCGGUCGGCAACACUGAUCCAGUGAUCGGACGCGACGACGAGAUCGAUCGCGUUGUCUGCAUCCUCUGCCGCCGUACCAAGAACAGCGCUGUGCUAGUCGGCGCGCCGGGGGUCGGCAAGACGGCCAUUGCAGAGGGCCUCGCCCAGCGCAUCGCCGCUGGCACGGUCCCUGCCGCGCUUGCUGGAGCGCGCCUUGUGGAGGUCGACCUUGGUGCCAUGGUGGCAGGGACCCAGUACCGCGGCAUGUUUGAGGAACGCCUGAAGAAUGUGAUCAAGGAGGCGGAGGAUGCAAACAGUAAUAAGGUUAUUCUGUUCAUCGAUGAGGUGCACAUGCUUGUUGGCGCCGGGAAGUGCGGUGGCGGCAGCAUGGACGGCGCCAACCUGCUGAAGCCGGCAUUGGCCCGUGGCCGUAUCCGCUGUGUGGGCGCUACGACUUUUGAUGAGUACCGCAAGUAUAUCGAAAAAGAUGCUGCAUUGGAGCGGCGGUUCCAGAUGGUGCACGUGGAGGAGCCGAGCGCAGAGGCAACAAUUGCCAUUCUGCAGGGUCUAAAACGGAGGUAUGAAGAGCACCAUGGUUUGAGAAUUCAGGAUGCUGCUCUUGUUGCUGCUGCACAGCUUGCUGGCCGCUACAUAACUGGUCGUCAGUUUCCUGAUAAGGCAAUUGAUCUGAUUGAUGAGGCAUGCUCUACUACAAGGAUGCAAAUUGACAGCAAAAGACAUGUGACCGCAGCACAAAGUAGCUCUGCUGUAGUAGUGAAGGAAGGAAUUCUUGAACCAGAACAUGUUGCACAAGUUGUGAGUCGAUGGACAGGAAUUCCUGUUACUACGCUUGAUCAAGAGGAGAAAGAUAAGUUAAUCCACCUUCCCGACAGAUUGCAUGAGCGAGUCGUUGGCCAGGAUGAAGCGGUCAAUUUGGUCGCGCAAGCGGUCUUACGCUCCAGGGCUGGUCUUGAUCAACCUGGCCAACCGAUAGGAUCUUUCCUGUUUCUGGGACCGACCGGCGUUGGAAAGACUGAGCUUGCGAAAGCUCUUGCUGAGCAGCUAUUUAACAGUGAGAAAAUGUUGGUUCGCUUUGACAUGUCUGAGUAUGUUACCAGUGGAUCUGUGCUGCGCCUCAUUGGUGCACCUCCAAGCUAUCAUGGUCAUCAAGAUGGGGGACAACUAACUGAGAAAAUUAGGAGGCGUCCAUACAGUGUCAUUCUUUUUGAUGAGGUAGAGAAGGCAGAUCCCUCUGUGUUCAAUGUAUUUCUUCAGCUUUUUGAUGAUGGUAUGUUGACCGAUGGUAAAGGCCGGACUGUGGAUUUCAAGAACACCAUCAUCAUUAUGACCUCAAAUCUGGGAGCAGAGCACCUGACAGCAGGAAUGAAUGGACAGACAACAAUGGAAGCUGCACGUGGUCUUGUUAUGGAACAGGUUCGGAAACACUUCAAGCCUGAGCUCCUCAACAGAUUGAGUGAGAUGGUGAUAUUUGAACCGCUUUCGCAUGACAAACUAAAGGAGGUUGUCAAAUUCCAGAUGAAGAGUACCGUUGCCAAUCUAGCUGACAAGGGCAUCUCUCUAACUGCAAGUAAUGCCGCGAUGGAUGUUAUCUUGUCAGAAUCUUACAACCCUAUGUAUGGCGCAAGGCCCAUAAGAAGGUGGGUGCACAAGAAUGUGAUGACAAAGCUCUCCGAGUUACUGGUCAAAGGAGACGCUGGCGAGGGGUCCAUAGUUUCCAUUGAUGCUACGGCUGACAGGAAGGGGCUGAAGUAUGAAGUGGUGAAGAAGAAGGUAGCUGAUCCGCGGGGCAAGAAGCCAAUGGUGGACCUUCCCAGCGAUUCUGACGACAGCAGCGAUGAUGUGGUCGAGGUUGGUCCCGUAGCAAAGAAGGCGAAGGUGGUAAGCUUCAGCAUACCAGCAGAUGGCAAGUGAAUGAGCUAGUCUGGUCAGCUUUGCUUUGGCAAGCAAAGCUGCUUCGUUUGGGUGUUGGGCAAUAACCAGCAGCAAGAUGGACUAUGUAGGCAGUUGGUUUAGGUUAUUACCACGUUAUUGCUAGUGCACUUUCUCCCCGGGCGAUAGCUUGAAACUGGUGCAUCGUUUAUGUGCUUUAAUAUGAGACGGUUACAUUA